AUGAUUAUCCCAUACGCAGUUACCAGCCUGGUUCUUGCCCUCCUCGCCGUCGCCCAGCCCCUCAGCACCACCACUCCUCCACCCCCUGAUUGCGACCACCUUAUCCGCCCCUCCCUCUCUGCGACCUUUGACUGGUCUUCACCGGCCGCCUUAUCCCUAGCACAAUGCCUCCAAUCUCUCCGCCUGCCCCACCCUAACCCUUCAACCUGUCUCUUCUACACCGCGCAUUCCAAAGUCGACGCCAUUCGUUACGCCCUCGAGUUCGACCGCACCACCGUCUACGAUGUCUUUCAGCCGCAGUACUUCAACCGCAGCGCGCAGCCCGCCAAAACUUGGGACGCGCUCGGCCACAUGCGUGACCUGUUUAAAGUGACGAGCAAAGCGUACGCCAUGAGCUGCUCCGGCACCGCGAACCUCGUGCUGCCGGACGGUGUCAAGGAUGACGACGUCUGCCGCGAGAGCAUUUGGGUCACGGACGAGUACGAAGUUAUCAGGGCGGGCGACAGUGGGGUGGUGCUACCCAUCUGGCGUGUGACCUGGCGGCGGGAUGCAGGGGGGGUCUGGAAGUGGUUCGUGGAUAUCUUGAAGGCCGCGAAGGUGGAGGCGGUGGGGAAGACGUUCAAGAAGAGAAGUGAUGUGAUUGCGAACAAUGCAGAGAGCCAUUGGUGGGAUGCUGGCGCACAGAGAACGCUGAUGCCACCGAACGAGGUGAAGGCAAGUGUGAAUGACAAGUUGGAGCAGUUGAGGCAGCAAUGGGGAUGGAAUGGUCUUGAGGAAGGACAUACAGAAGAUCUGUGGGCAAUCAAGAGUGGGAUGUGCGGUCGAUGA